AUGGCGAAUGCCGGCCUAGAUCCAUCCAUAGACCAAGGCGGAUCUUCCUACAGCAGGAAUGUCACCGUGCAUGGAGGACCCUUCCACCAAGGCAAUAUCGUCAACAUCCAGCAGACGGCCGACCGAUGCCUCAUUGACCUCCAUGUCACCGACCCGCGCCAUGACAAGAAGCGCGUCCAGGACACCAAGGGCGGUCUGCUUGCGGACUUGACCAGCGGCUGCUCUGGGUCAAGGGCAACCCGGGAAAGGGCAAGACCAUGCUCCUCUGCGGGCAUUAUCGACAAGCUGGAGAAAUUACUGGCCGAGGGAAGGCGUCUCUCUUACUUCUUCUGCCAAGCCAUUAUUGAGCGCAUUAACACCGCGACGGCUGUCCUGCGCGGUCUUAUCUUCAUGCUUCUCGACCAAGACGCCUCCCUUGUAUCGCAUAUAAAGAAGAAAUAUGAUAUCGCUGGCGAGGGGCUGUUCCAGGGCGAUAAUGCUUGGUAUGCAUUAUCCGAGAUCUUUACGAACAUACUCCGCGACCUGAAGCUGCAGGGCGUCUGCCUUGUUAUCGACGCACUGGACGAGUGUAUAGGUGGCCUACCGCAGCUGCUUGAGUUGAUUGUUAAGACCUCCCGCAACUGGCCGCAGAUUAAAGAAGAGCUGUCCAACGUAGCGCACAGGCUAUCACUCGAAGUCAAUGCGAAGUCAGUCGCAGCGGCUGUGGACAGCUACAUCUUGCACAAGUACUUGUCGUCGAACGCUGACGGCACUUUUCUCUGGGUCGCCUUAGUCUGCCAGAAACUUGCAAAGACAAGCCAAGGGAAUGCUUUACAGAAAGUCAAGUCUUUCCCGUCAGGUCUCGAUUCCCUGUAUCGACAGAUAAUACAACAAGUCCGUGCAUUGGACGACGCCGAGCUUUGUAUGCAGGUGCUUGCUCUCAUAGCAACGACCUAUCGCCCACCCUCGCUUGCCGAGUCCACCACGUUCAUCAAAGUAGACGGCAGCACGGUGGGAGAUGCCGAAUUGCUGAAAGAGAUUAGCGCGUGCGAAGCGACCCUCAAGGGCCAUACUGAUACCGUCUACUCGGCAGCCUUCUCGGCCGACGGGCAGCGCGUCGUCUCGGCGUCAGACAACCAGACCGUCCGGCUCUGA